CACCCCUUGCCUACUUUUCCUACUCCGUCCAUGUCGGUCUGCUUGAGUACGUACUCUCUUCGUCCGGUCAAGGGAAGUACUCUCGUACCUUUCGGAUACCUACGCUCUCUCACACUCACUCGCUCUCUUCCUCUCACGGCUCUUUCACUUUGUGUAUGUGUGUGUGAUGUGCGUGUCUCUCUCUCUCUAAGUCUCCCUUCCACCCACACCCACACCCACGUAUCCGCUCGCUCCGAACCCCAUCCUCUCCUUGACACCACUGAGCUGCUAACAACGGAUUGCGUCUAGGGAAUCUCAUCCGGGUAGUACCCGUCGCGUAGGUAGUGGCCGAGCCGUGGACGUACCGACUUACACUUACCCACAGUCGUAAGGCGAACACUCAUGGCCUUGGGACCGUCAUCUCGACAUGGGUAAGGGGGCACGCCGCGCCGCACGCACACACAUGCACACUCACACACCCCCCGACUGCGCAUGUAUGGAGAAAAAAGCCCACCGAGUCUUGUCUGGGGGGGUACCCCUGGAUCAGGUACAGGGCUUCUCAGGCCCCACGGCCGUCAUGCCGGGCAGUUGGAUCCCUUCCCACGACGUGGGACCUUUCGCCGCCGCAUCUCCCUGAAUCCCUCCCCGGUGGACAAGUGGGAGGAUCGUCUUGUUUCUUUUUUGCGCUGGACAUGCCAUGGUCCAUGGUCACCGCCGUUCCAAUCUUAGAUCCAAAUUUUUUUGCUUCCGCGACCCAGGCAAUGGUACGGUCCCGGUGGCCUGUCCCCCAGCUGGGUCUGGUCUGUGUCUGGGGUGGCCCUGGGCUUUGACGUCUCUUGGUCCUCUCAUCGUCACCGUCCGCGCUCCCUUCAUAUUAAGUUGCUUGCUUCCCCAGAACUUGCUACCUUCUGUCCCAUCUGAUACUUUCUUUCAUAAGGUAACCAUCCCGCCACGCUGCCUGAAUAGCUCUGGUCUCGCUCUGCUUGUUUUAUCUUUGCUUUUCCACCGUUGCUUUUCAUGGUUACAUCAUCAGUCUCGAGCAUCAACACGCUUUCCUCCCUUCCACGAGACUAGCAAAACAAAUUCUUGCCCACACCAAUCUGGACCACCAGCUCCACGAUACCGUUUUUCUCCCUCGAUUCUUGAGCCCACCGAAGACGUUACAGGAACUGCAGUGCUAUAUAUUGCAACAUCGCCCACCCAUCCCUUGAUCAGAAAUCUUUCCAACCGCCUACCGAAUCUCUUUGCGCCUCACACAACAUCCAGCCUGCCAACUGCGCAUACACCGAGGAUCAACCAAGAUGAAGAGGACCGGCUACAUGACGGGAGGCCGUCGAGGCGGCUCCUCAGGGAGCAUGAAGUCCAAGCUUCCGCCCUUUCCCACGACACAGAUGUUUGUUCUCGCGCUCUGCAGAAUAUGCGAACCGAUUGCGUUCAUGUCCAUCUUCCCCUACGUCUAUAAGAUGGUCGAACACUUCAACAUCACCGAAGACAAGAGCAAGAUUUCCGUCUACGCCGGCAUGAUCACGUCCGCAUUCACUUUGGCCGAGUUUUCGACAGGAGUCGUUUGGGGAAGACUGAGCGACAAGAUUGGUCGCAAGCCUGUCCUCUUGAUGGGCCUCUUUGGCACGGCUUUAAGCUCUAUGGUUUUCGGAUUUGCCCCCAACUUGACGGUUGCACUCAUUGCACGAGCUCUCGGUGGUCUGUUGAACGGAAACAUUGGUGUCCUGCAAACGACUGUCGCGGAGUUGGUUACGGUCAAGGAGCAUCAGCCCCGCGCAUACACUAUUAUGCCCCUAGUUUGGUGUCUUGGCUCAAUUGUCGGACCUGCUCUUGGUGGCUUACUCGCCGAGCCUGUUCAAAGUUACCCGCAGUACUUCAAAGCGGGCUCGAUCUGGGACCAGUACCCUUUCCUCCUGCCCAAUCUUUUCAGCGCCGCCACUGUCUUCUGCGGAGUUGUUAUCGGUCUGCUCUUUCUGGAAGAAACCCACGCUGAGCGCAAGAAGAGAAGAGAUCCCGGUGUGGAGUUGGGAAAGCGCAUCAUCUCGUGGGUGUCGGCCAAGAGCUGCCAAAUCCCUGCGCGGAAGGCGGAGAAGCAGGCACUCCUCGACGAUGAUGAGCUCCCCGGCUACCGCACGAACGAGAGCUCUCCCCAACUUGUGGGAUCCGAGUCUACUAUCCCCGAGCCGACCGAGACUCUGGACCUCACAGAGGCAUCAAUCAUUGACGAAAUUGCUGAGCCGCCCAAGGUGAUCUUUACCAGACCUGUCAUCUUGAACAUCAUCUCCUACGGUAUCCUGGCCUUCCACACCAUGACCUUUGAUCAACUGUUCCCCGUCUUCCUCAGCACCACGCCUCGCGAGCACCCGGAUGUUCACCUUCCUUUCAAGUUCCCCGGCGGCUUCUCGAUGGAGACCAAGUCCAUUGGCAUCAUUCUCGCGGUUCAGGGUGUCUACUCCAUGAUCUCGACGGUCUUCAUCUUCCCAUGGGUUACCAGACGCCUCGGUCCUCUCCGGCUAUUCAGACUAUUGGCCAUUUCGUACUUUUUGCUCUACCUGACGACACCCUACCUAGCUCUGUUGCCUGAGAACUUGCGAAUCAUCGGCAUUUAUAUCAUGGUUAUCUGGAAGUGCACCUUCUCGACCAUGGCCUACCCCAGCAAUGCGAUCUUGCUCACAAACUCGGCACCGAGCCUCAUGUCCCUCGGAACCAUCAACGGCGUUGCUGCCUCGACAGCGAGCUUGUGCAGAGCGUUCGGGCCGACCAUCUCGGGCUUCCUUUACACUCUUGGUAUUCGAACCGGCUACUCCGGGCUUGCUUGGUGGACCAGCGGUGCCAUUACCAUUUUCGGUGCCUUCCUCAGCAUGCACCUCACCGAACCCCGUGGACGCUUGGACGAGCCUGUCAGAGAUAUCGAGACGGCAGUGGAACCCACCGAGAUUGAGGGUCUGCUAGUUCCCCUGGACGACGACGAGCACGAGGUUGAGGCCGGCCCCAGCCGGAGAUCGUGAUCACCACCAUGAUCACAUACGUUGACUACCUUAUCCCCCAAUUUCGAUACCCCGGAAAGGCGCCAUGGGAUUUGCACUAUUUUAUUUUUAUCAUCAUUCAACAAUCGGAGUUUUCAUCCUACGGCGUUAUUAUCGACAGGAAGGGACCACAACAAGACAUAGACUAUCGCUCACGGGACACGACGGAAGGAAUCAGAGAAAAGAGUUAUUAACAUCACACGAUUUAAUUCGGACGGGCCGAGGAGAGAGCACAUACGGAAAUCUCACGACUUGUUACUUGUUUUAUUUCGACCAUUUCCAUCAGCGGGCUGCAUGACUGGAUUUCAAUUCUUGUUCGUUUCGACUUCUUUAUCAAAUCUUUAGGGGGCGCUCAACAUCACAUCAUGUAUCGGGUCAGGCGACCAUCCUCGACCAUUUGUUUUUGUAUACGGAUCGUUCUAUUGGACAAGGAGUUGGAGAUACCAUGGAAGCCCAAGGGAACAGCCGACACUGGAAAGAGACAGGAGACAGAAGACAGGGAAACCGCAAAGGGCGCAACAAAGAGAAAAAAGCGAAUGGCAUUUAUUUGGGGAAUACCACAGAGGACCGGACGUACCAAACCAACCUGAGGAAAGAGAAGCGGAGGAGCGGGGAGGGUCUUGGCAAGAAGGGAACUUUUCUCUUCUGGCGGGAAACUCGAUUUGUUCUAUGGGGGCCUGUGAAGACUUGCAAAGGUCUAAUUGCUCUUGAUGUUUUAAUGAUGGCU